AUGUCGUCCUACUACCACCCGGCCAAGGAGGCGGACAUGGCGGCCAUGACGGAGCCGCUGUGCCUGGAGAGAGAUGUGUGCAGGGUGAUCGAGCUGCUGGACCGACUGCAGCGGACCGGUGAGCUGCCUCCUCCCAAGCUUCAGGCCCUGCAGAGAGUCCUGCAAAGUAAAUUCUGCGCCGCCAUCAGAGAGGUAUACGAGCAGCUGUACGACACUCUGGACAUUGUCGGGGGACCAGAGGUGCGAGCUCAGGCCACAGCCAAGGCCACAGUGGCAGCGUUUGCAGCCAGCGAGGGUCACGCUCACCCCCGGGUGGUGGAGCUGCCGAAGACCGAGGAGGGUCUGGGCUUUAACAUAAUGGGAGGCAAAGAGCAGAACUCCCCCAUCUACAUCUCCAGAGUUAUCCCAGGAGGAGUGGCCGACCGCCAGGGAGGCCUGAAGAGAGGAGACCAGCUGCUGUCUGUCAACGGGGUGAGCGUGGAGGGGGAGCACCACGAGAAGGCCGUGGAGCUGCUGAAGGCGGCCCAGAGCUCCGUGAAGCUGGUGGUCCGCUACACCCCGAAGGUCCUGGAGGAGAUGGAGGCUCGGUUUGAGAAGAUGAGGAGCGCUCGGAGGCGACAGCAGCACACCAGCUACUCGUCUCUGGAGUCCAGGGGAUAAUAAUGUGAUACCUCCAUCCACCUCAUCGUCCAGCCCUCCUGACUCUUCUGUUCCAGUGGGAGGCAAGAACGUAGAUGGAAGCAAAAAACCAAAGUAGCCUACCAACAGCUGUUACUGAGCUUCUUCGUGGAGCCGACGCUGCAGUUUAGGGUUUUCUCUCCUCCCUCGUUUCCUAUUUCGUAGAAAAAUGGUGAGAAAGCGUGCUGUCAGAUCAUGGCUGUAACCUUCUCCCCACAGUGAAGUCAUCCUGUUGCAUAAACGAUUCUUCUUAGUGUGUGGCUUAACUAGAACCUAUAUUCUCCACGUCUGCAUCUCAUAUAGUGACCUGCAGAGUCCACAGUCUGCAGUCGACCUCGUUCCUCCAUCAGAUAUCCCAGCUACAGGGCUAACAGUUAGCAUCGUGGAAACCUGCCCUUCUAUUACCGGCUGUGUCACCUUAGGUCAGGUUCUAAAAUAUUUUCUAUUUAUUUACGUGUGUAUUCAUUUGUUUGCAUAAUUGUCCAUAAAUAAAGUCUGUGUAAAAUCAA